CGACGGGGCGGGGACAUAACCGUCCUCUUGGGGCCUGGGCGUGUCCGAGACCGCGCUUCCCGCCGAAAUCAAGCUCCGAGUCAUCCGUGUGGGGCAUUCGUCCUCCCUGGCACAGUUUGUUUUACGUCUAAAUUCGCGUCGGUUCUUAUUUAUCUCUCUGGCAAGGUCUGAAGACGGGCAGGAGAAUAACGUAUGUAGAGACGCGUAAUGCCAGGCACUGUGCCAAACGUCUUAUGAUGCUUUUAGAACUCUCGUAACAUUCAGGUGCUGAGGGAGUUUGGGGGUAGCGGUGAGCUGGUAAAAAGCCUGUUGGGAACGAAGACUGAUACUUUGAAAAUUCUCGUUUUUCUUUUCCCCCUCUUUUAGAAUCCUCUUUGCCAAGAGUAAACAUUCGUCUCCCCUCUCCCUCACGCCCCUGCGAUGUGUUGUUUUGAUGCGGAUGUAUGAAUAAUGUCAGGACGUACUUAACAAAAAAGUCUAAGUGCAAGUUAGAUGUGGUUAAAUUCCUUCAAAAACCACACAUAUUGGUAGUUUGAACUUUUAUAGAAUUAAAUGCAGUCGGGAUCACAACACUAAAAACCUAGUAUUUGACGCAGUUUGAUCCAAUCUUUUUUGAAAAGUAUAGAGAUUAGCAUUAUGCUCAUUUUUCAAUACUUGAUUUCUAGACCAGGAUGUAAUCAAUAAAAAGGGACACUAGUAUUUAGCACCAAUUAUUUAAUUAUGCUAGUUACUUUGCAUUGACUGCAAGCCACUUAAAACAGUUUGUUAGGCCGGGCACACUGGCUCACGCCUAUAAUCCCAGCGCUUUGGGAGGCCGAGGCGUACGGAUCAAAAGGUCAGGAGUUUGAGACCAACCUGGCCAAUAUGGUGAAACCCGUCUCUACUAAAAAUACAAAAAUUAGGCGGGCAUGGUAGCAGGCGCCUGUAGUCCCAGCCACUUGGGAGGCUGAGGCGAGAGAGUCGUUUGAACCCUGGAGGCAGAGGUUGCAAUGAGCCGAGAUCCGGUCACUGCACUCCAGCCUGAGUGACAGAGCGAGACUCCGAGACUCCGUCUAAAAAAAAAAAAACACCAAAAAAAGAAAACAAUUUGUUAAUUUUUGGAAUUAAGUAUGUGCAAAGUACUUAGAACAGCUGGCAUCUAACAAAGACUAGCUGUGUCAGCGUGUUAUGAUGCCGUCCCGUACCAACCUGGCUACUGGAAUCCCCAGUAGUAAAGUGAAAUAUUCAAGGCUCUCCAGCACAGACGAUGGCUACAUUGACCUUCAGUUUAAGAAAACUCCUCCUAAGAUCCCUUACAAGGCUAUCGCACUUGCCACUGUGCUGUUUUUGAUCGGCGCCUUUCUCAUUAUUAUAGGCUCCCUCCUGCUGUCAGGCUACAUCAGCAAAGGGGGGGCAGACCGGGCCGUUCCAGUCCUGAUCAUUGGCAUUCUGGUGUUCCUACCGGGUUUUUACCACCUGCGCAUCGCUUACUACGCAUCCAAAGGCUACCGUGGUUACUCCUAUGAUGACAUUCCAGACUUUGAUGACUAGCACCCACCUAAUAGCUGAGGAGAAGAGUCACAGUGGAACUGUCCCAGCUUUAAGAUACCUAGCAGAAACUAUAGCUAAGGACUAAGGAAUUCUGCUUGCAGAUGUUUAAGAAAAUAAUGGCCAGAUUUUAUGGGUCCUUCCCAAAGAUGUUAACUGAACCUACAGUAGCUAAUUAGGACAUGCUCUGUUUUCAUCCCUUGGCCCUGGCAAGAGCUCCUGACAAGUUUUUCCACAGGAAUAUGUAUCAUGGAAGAAUAGAGUUAUUCUGUAAUGGAAAAGUGUUGCCUGCCACCACCCUCUGUAGAGCUGAGCAUUUCUUUUAAAUAGUCUUCAUUGCCAAUUUCCUCUUGUAGCAAAUGGAAGAAUGUAGUAUGGCUAAUUUCUUAUUACUAAGUAAUUUAUUUUAAAAAUAUCUGAGUAUAUUAUCCUCUACACUUAUCCCUACCUUCAUGUUCCAGUGGAAGGCCUUAGUAAAAUCAAAGAUCGGUGAGUUCAUCUGUAAUGUUUUUUUUACUUGCUUUCUUAUUGACAGCAACCAGGAAUUUUUUUUUUCCUGCGGAGCAAGUUUUCAAAAUGUAAAUACUUUCUCUGUUUAACAGUCCUUGGCCCAUUCUGAUCCAGUUCACCAGUAGAUUGGACAGCAUACAAUUUGGAUCAUUUUGUCCCUUGUAAAUCAAAAUGUUCUGUAGAUUAUUCCUUUAAUGGCUGGACUUUUGGCUGUUUCCUAAUGAAACAUGUAGAUAAGUGGUUAUUAUUUCGAGUUUAUAACCCUAUUGCUAGCACCUUGUAUGAUGUCAUCAUUCUGCUCAUGAUUCCAAGGAUCAGCCUGGAUGCCUAGAGGACUAGAUCACCUUAGUUUGAUUCUAUUUUUUAGCUUGCAAAAGGUGACUUAUAUUCCAAAGAAAUUAAAACGUUGAAAUCCAAAUCCUGGAAUUAAAAUGAGUUAACUUUAAACAUUUCA